GUUCAAGGCAGGUGCUUCAAAUUUGAAGUUGGAAAGUAUAAUGGCUCGCUGUUUUUAUGUUUUAACUUGUUAAAACAGACAGUAUAGAUCCAUUUACAAGAGGAAUUAUGUAGUAAAUAUCUAAAGGAUCUCAGAAACCGAAGGCUUUUGAAGGUUAUCAGCUAAUGUAGAGAAAACCAAGAUAUUUACAAUGGGGACUGUGGGCGAAUUCAUGGAAAGCCCACUUGUGACUUGGGUGCAGUCAUUUGCGCCCCCUAGUGACCAAGCAGACCUGCAGGAUCUUUGUGAUGGAACCUUCCUCAAUGAUGUCAUGUUGCUUAUUGACCCUGAACGUCCUGAAGACAAGCAGUUGAAGAGGGUUGUUGGAGACAGUAAUGCAAGGCUGCAGAACUGGGAGAUUCUCAUCAGAAACAUUACAAACUAUUACCAGGCAGUUCUUCAGCAGUUGAUUACAAUGAGACUUCCAAACAUUUUGGUCAUCAGUAAAGACAAUAAUAAAGAUCUAAGUAUACGUGAAGUAGAAAAAGUGCUCUUGCUGAUAUUAGGGUGCGCUAUACAAUGUGAGAGAAAAGAAGAAUAUAUUAAUAAUAUUAAACAACUGGACAUCACAGUACAGACAGCUAUUGUGGAACAUAUUAAACAGAUCUCAGAAGGAAGUGGCAAUGUCAUGACCUUGAACUCAAAUCAGGAUGACCUUGACACAGAGGUCAAAGGUCAACUGAAACAGCUGGUCAAAGAAAGGGAUGAAUACCUAGAAUUGCUGUCAAAAUCAACCCAAGAUUGUGACUAUUUUCGUUCUCGUGCCGAGGGCCGUGGGAAGCAUAUAACACCACCUAUUGGUCUGGAAAAGUACCAUCUUACGGAAGAACUGACUGACUCAAGAAAUAAAGUGAAAUCUCUCUCAGAAGAACUAGAGGAGAAGAGUAAACUGGUGUCAGACCUACAAACAGACCUUGCCGAAUCCAAGUCUACGGUCAAUAGGCUUCGAACUGAGAGUAGCAGACUGCUACAAGAAUCCAGAGAGGCUCGUUCUUAUAAAGAUGAACUAGAAGAAUGGAAAAAUAAGGUGCAGAAUCUUAAAGACCAAGAGGCAGAACUUAAAAAAUCUCAAGAAAGGAUGCAGGAGUUGGACUUCUACAAAUCUCGUGUUCAGGAGCUUCGUGAAGAGCAAGACCAAAUGUUAAAAAGCAAGUGUCAGUUGGAAGAUAGAGUAAAAGAUGGGGAGAUGCGGGUACAGAGACUUGUUGCAGAGUUGCUGCAGAACCAGAUCCUUAUAGAUGACAUUAAUAAGGAAAAGGAGGCUGACCGCAAGAGAAUAGCAGAACUUGUUGAGGAAAACAACAGCCUUGUUUUCUCCAAGCUACAUAAGAAACAAGGCCUGGGAGUACGGACCGAGUCAGAAUGGAGUCUUCCCAAAAUAGGCUCAACCACUGACCUGUAUCGCAUGGGUGGUCAACCAAUCUCAGCAGAACUCUCUCAAAGUGAUGGGGACACAAUCACACAACUACAAGAAGCAAUUGAUGAACUCCAUGCACAACUUGAAGUUGCCAGAGACCAAACCAACAAUGAAAAAUGCAAAAAUCUAGACACAAUGAAACAAAGUGAACGUCUUCAAAUUGAGCUGAAAAUGUUAAAGAAUAAAAACGCACUGAAGUCUAACCGAACUACCGGCAUGCAAACUGAUUCUAGCUGGAAUACAACAUCAAAAUCCACGAACGGAAGUCCAAGAAAUAACGAUAGACCGGCAUUUGGCAGAUACAGGCUGGGAGAGAAUGCUAAGGUUUCAAAUGAAAAUAUAAAAACUGAACAUAUUGAAAACAAAAAUAAAGAGAAAAACAAGGGCAUUUCUAUAGGGGUUCAGACUUUAGAGAGCUGGACUGAAUAUGCUAGUGACUGUAUGCAACAGCCACCUCAUGAGAUAAAUAAUGAUAUACAGAGAAGCGAAAUGGUGCAGAAUGGGCAUCAUAACUCACCACAUGAUAGCUCGAUGCCUGCUCACCAUAGCUCCAUGCCUGCUCACCACAGCUCCAUGCCUGCUCACCACAGCUCCAUGCCUGCUCACCACAGCUCCAUGCCUGCUCACCACAGCUCCAUGCCUGCUCACCACAGCUCGAUGACUGCCCCACCCCGAGGAUAUAGAUCCGAACUUGAACUAAGUGCCAUAGAGGAAGAAAAUAAACAUCUUGCGAAGAUGGUUGAGAGAAUGCAGCGUGAUAAACAAACAUUUGAGCACCUUCAGAAACAAAACAUUGCUCUGGUUCAUGAACAGGACAUUAUGAAGAGGUCUAUGCAAACGCUGAAAGAGGACUCCAAAAUCACUGUUAAAGCUCUAGAAGAUGAAAUUACAGCUCUAAAUGACACCAUCGAUGAGCUUAAGAAGAAGAAUGAAGAGAUUGAAGAAAUGACUGAACAAGAUAAAGAAUUGGAAAGUAAACUGAUUGACAUUUUGAAUAAAAGCAGUACAAUGCCAUCAACACCAGGGGGCACCACUAUGAGUUUAGACCGUCGCAAUAUUUGGAACUAUAGUCGUGGUUCACCCAAUAAUAACUUAUCUCCAACCUCCCCUAGUUCACCAAGCUCCCACAUGUAUCGAAUAGAUGAACUAAAAGCUCCCAGAAAUUCGCCAAAUGGACGCCAUAGUCCAGUUAUACCAGAGUCUCCAAAAGUGAAAUCAAAAGGAGGUCUACCAUUUAUGAGAUCAAAAUCAUUCAAUUUUGGGUCACGGAGUACCCCGAGUGUAACUAACUCCUCCCCCUUGAUGAGAUCAGAUACGGAGAAGAAAAAACGUGGUUUCUUUUCAACAAAAAAGAAACAUAACACAGAUGUCUCUGAUAGUGAGACUGAAUCGGGAAAGGAAAAUUAUGGUAGCACAGAUAACUUGCCACCAGGCGUCUCUUCAAAGGGGUUUACUCCAGUUACCAUGGUUUCAAAUCCUGCGGGUCAUGGAGAAGAUGUCUGCGUAAGUGUAACAGCUGAUAGUGAUAAUUAUCUCCGAACAGUUAUCGUUGCCACGGAAAUGCUAAAAGUGGAAUACAAUAAUGUGAAAAAACAUCGCAAGGGUAGCAAUAAAUGGAAGGCUUUCGUUGAAAAAAUCAUGGAGCUUCAAAAUCGUCUGCAAGAUCUUGCAAUGGAAAACAAUGAAUUAAAACGUGCAUUUGGACCAAAUCAUGUUACACUUGAAAAGUUCAAUGAACUUGAAAAACGCAAUGUCAAAUUAGAAACAGAAAAUCGCAGAUUGCAGAAGAUAAUUGAAAGCUGGCAAUCUGCUUACGGAAAACUGAACCCUUAUGACAAAAGGGAAUAUCAUUAUUUCACUGCUUUGUAAGGGAAUAUCAUUAUUUCACUGCUUUGUAAGGGACAAUUCUGAGAAGAUUUGGUGCUUUUUUGUAGGAUCACAAUGUAAAGAUUUUUCAGUGAUAUGUUAUUAAAACAUUUAAGGUGAAUGGUAUAUCUCUCAUCCCCAAUCCCUUUAUCUUUAACGAUUUCUGUUUUAGUUGACCAUCCCUGAGUCGGAUGUAAUGGUCACCAGUUGGAAAACAAAACGAGCCAUCCACAUUCCCAAUUGUAUAGAUAUGUACAUUAAUAUGCAUUUCAUUUAACUUUUAUCAGUUAAGUGAUGAAUGAAGGCACAUGAUGAUAUCUGAAUAUUUUGAUACUAAUGACUCGUAUGUCAAUUGCCAAUGUAGUUAUGUCAAAGUGCUUGU